AUGGAUGACAACACAAAAAUGAUCAGAGAUCUGAUCCAGUUAUUACAAAAAAGACGGGAUGAAGUAGCAAAGCAACCAGCAGCACCUGGACAAGAUUUCUUUUCUCACCUGGCACAAAGAGAAAAAGAAAUUCAGAAACUCAAAGACCGAAUCAAGACUCUCCAAGAGACGGGAAAGAUUCCUGAACCUGCACCAAGACGAGAAACAAUUGAAUUGUUUCCUUCCGUCAGAAAACAAAAUCUACUCCCCACAGAAGGUGUACAGAUUACUUUCCCAGAACCUCCCAAACGUACUAAACCAAGUACGUAUGAAAUCUUCCUAGAAAUCAAAAAGCAGCAAGCAAAAAAGAAAGAAAAGGUGAUUGCGGAGCAAAUGGUUACUGAACCUAGUGACCAGAAGGAAGAACAAACCCAGAAAAAACUGGGAAAAAGACCAGUUUCUGAAGAAAAGACGCCACCAACUUCUCCACCAAAACAAACUCCAAAAUCUUUGAUGAUCCAAGAAGAUGAAAAACAAAAUCCUUUAUCAAAACUCUUAAAGGAUUAUGUAAAAUCUUCGACUCCAAAGAUUUCGGUCAUCCAAGAUCAAGAAUCCAGUGAUGAAUCUGAUGAAUCUGACAAAAGCUCAAGUUCAAAAGAAACCAGAUCUGAGUCUGAAGAAUCUGAGGAAUUAUCAUCCCAAUCGGAAAAUGAAAAUUUGGGAAAAAUACUACAGACCACCGCAAAAGUAGAAGAACCAAGUGAUGAUGAAAUGCAAGAAGAAGGUUCAUCUUCGACACAAAGACACCCUCCAAAGAGGCACUUCUCGAAGAAUUGUCCAAGGAACCAAAAAGGCAAAAAGAUUGCUCAGAUAAUGGAGAAGUCUGGAAUAAAGAUUCAAGACGAUGAUGAUAUCGAAUCUGUUUGCUCUAUUGAAGAUCAACCAUCAGAGAAAACAAUUUGUGCUAUCCCGCCAUUUACUUUCGGCUAG